UGUCAACCGACCAGCUGUUGUAGAGUUGCUUGUUUGUUGCUAUUUCGCGAUAAAUCCGAAGCUAAAGGACGUGCGUGCGAUAUCUAUAAAUACCGUGGCUUAUCGUCGUUCAUUAACACUGCGAACGGCUAUCCAAUCUAAUCGCCACACCUCUGUAUGAUUCUCAACCGGGCGGCGCCUCCGUGACGUACUAUUAUUGCCCCUGGUGAUAAAACUGCUUUAGUUACAACUAGAAUCGCACAGCGGCUGUACGUUUCUUGCUAUCUCCGCUCUGUUAGCACAAAAAAAGUUUGGUGAAAACAAAAAAAAAGUUAUAAUAACCUAACUUGUGGACUUGAAACUUUAUAGGAUGUCUGUUUUAAACAAUUUCACUGUGACUGUGGCAAAAGGAUUGAGACGUCUUCGCCAAAACAAGGAUCUGAUAUCCGCAGCGCGUCGUGGGAGCACCAACCAGGAGGCCAGCCCUCGUCUCCAGAUGGAGAAAUGCCUCAUCGUCUCCAAGGUCACGAGAUACGAAUAUGAGAAACAUUGCCACGAGAACACGUCAGAAGCGGAAUUGGAGAAGAUCCUGCGGAAGCGAGGGUCCGACUUCGACACCAUGGUCAGCAACCAUAGAGAACAGAAGGCGUUUGAGGAGAACGUGGCUAAGAGGCUAAAGGAGAUGGGGGUGAAGGUGGAAAUGGCUAGCAGACUGACAUACAGCGACGAUUUGAUCAAAUGGUGUGACGUGGUCGUGCCGUGUGGGGGUGACGGGACGUUCCUUCUAGCAGCUUCUAGAGUUAGAGACAAUAACAAACCAGUGAUCGGAUUCAACAGCGCCCCUCAUAAGUCGGUAGGCCGACUGUGCCUUCCCACCUGGUGUUCAAACGAUGUUAAGGGUGCGCUACACGCUCUCAAGGAGGGCCGGUUCAGAUGGAUGCGUCGCUCGCGGAUACGCACGACGAUCACGUGCGAACAGAAGUUACUCGAUAAGAUCACACCGGUGGACCUGCACACUUUGCACUUCUGCAGGUAUCCCCCAGUGUCGCACUUGCACGACGGCCCGGAUUCCCCGGACCCGCGUUCCAGGACAGAGUUCGCGCCGGACGAACCAAGCACCACAUUGUCCACUAAAGUACUGCCGUUCUUGGCGCUCAAUGAGGUGUUCAUAGGAGAGAGCGUGACGUCGCGAGUGUCGCUCCUCCGACUUCAAAUCGACAACGGCAAGUGGACUCACACCAAAAGCUCAGGUCUUUGUGUUACCACCGGCACUGGAAGCACUUCGUGGCAUUUCAGUAUAAACUGCCUCCGCACUCACUCCGUUCUGGAGCUGAUGAAGAUCCUCUCAGAAGAUUACCAGGUCAAGCUGGACACAAGUCUCGAGAGAGCGCGAGAAGUCACCGAGAGAUACAACCAGAAACUCAUGUUCGCGCCAGAUUCAGAGCAGCUAGCUUAUAGCGUGCGAGAGUACAUAACAUUUGAAGACUGGCCCGCGCCUAGGGGUCUACGAGUGAGGGACAAAGCGACCUCUGUCAAGGUCAAGUCACACUGCACUGACGCUGGGCUAGUGGUAGACGGCAGCGUGUCGUUUCCCUUCAACGACGGUACUGAAGCGAUGCUGGAGAUACUGCCAGAAGAUUCCCUGAUGACUGUGCAAAUGGACGACGCUCUGCCCUACUAGGUAGAGACAAGUGAUUCAAACUUGAGACUAUACUAUAUUCUAACGUACUCUAAAGAUAGUUUCAUCCACGAAGACGCGCCCCACCAU